CUGCAGUCUCUGCACUAGAUUACUGCAGUGCCAUCUCCCUGGGGUUGCCCUUGAAGACUGUCCAGACGCUGCAGCUGCCAGACCAAGCACGGUGACUAGAUAGGCCAAACAUACAGCUCCCACCUGCACCGGCUGCCUGUGUACCUUUGAGCCCAGCACAAGAGGAUCCUGCUGUUGAAACGGCGGAGGAGGCUACAGAGCCAGCAGAGGAAGAUAUCAAUGAACUGUGUAUGGAUAUGUUCAAAAAAAUGGCCAUUUAUUUAACAGGUGAACUGACAGCUACUAGUGAAGAUUAUAAACUCUUGGAAAACAUGAACAAGCUGACUAGUUUGAAAUACCUGGAAAUGAAAGAUAUUGCUGUAAAUAUAAGUCGGAAUCUGAAAGACUUGAAUCAAAAAUACGCUGGACUUCAGCCCUACCUGGAACAAAUCAGUCUCAUUGAAGAGCAAGUAGCUGCUCUGGAACAGGCUGCGUACAAGCUGGACGCCUACUCAAAGAAGCUUGAAGCAAAGUACAAAAAACUGGAAAAACGCUGAAAGAACGGCCUGUAGUGAGACUCUUCUACUAGGAUACAUGCCUUUCUCUUCUGAGAGAUCGGAUCAUAUCACUGACUUGCUGAACUUUACAUCAUUUCUGCUUCGAAGCCACUUUCCACCAGAGUUACAUGAGGACUCCGAGGAGCACCCACUAACCCUUCUGUCCCUGCCCUUGCACUCAAAAUAAUGUGGCCCCGUCCGUGCGCUUAAGAGGAUGAACAGGGCAGCCCCAGGCACACCAAGGCCACCAUUCAGAUGACGCAGCCUUGUUGUAAAGCAUAUUCCCCACUGUGCUUUUUUGAGAAAUAAAACCUUGGAAAUUA